AUGUCCGAGCUGCGACGCAAUGUCCUCGAAGGACUCGAAGGCGUGGGAAACGCUACUGGUCUCUCGCUCACUACAGAGAAUGGCGAGCUACCUGAUUGGCUCAAGCGCGGAGCGGGCGUAUUCGAUGCUACGACCAACAUGGCCAAUUCCAUUCUGGGAGCAGGCAUCGUCGGUCUACCUUACUCAAUGAAGCAAAGUGGCUUUGUAGCAGGGGUAGUCGUAUUGGUAGGGAUAGCCAUGUUGACAGAUUGGACGAUUCGGUUGAUUAUCCUCAAUAGUAAGCUCAGUGGGAGGCAGACGUACAUUGAGAUUAUGGAGCAUUGCUUUGGAAGACCGGGAAAGGCGGCAGUGAGCUUGUUUCAGCUGGCAUUUGCCUAUGGUGGAAUGUGCGCUUUUUGCGUGGUGAUAGGGGACACCAUCCCGCACGUCCUCUCCUCCGUCUUCCCCUCCUUGGCACCAGGAGCAUCAUCCUUCUCCUUUCUGGCGUCAAGGACAUUCGUCAUUAGCGCCUGCACAAUUCUUAUUAGCUACCCACUCUCGCUGUAUAGGGAUAUCGAGAAUCUAUCAAAGGCUAGUGCGGUGGCGCUCGUCAGUAUGGUCCUCAUUGUGGGGACAGUCAUGCUGAGGGGACCGGCUAUGCCUGCUGAGCUUAAGGGAGACCCAAGCCUGAGGUUCACAUUUGUGAAUCCCUCGAAUCUAGUCUCCUCCAUCUCAGUCAUCUCCUUUGCCUUUGUCUGCCACCACAAUUCCCUCCUGAUCUACGCCUCUCUCAAAGAACCCUCCAUGGACAAGUUCUCCAAAGUCACACACUACUCCACCGCCAUUGCCUGCGCUGCCCUCACAGCGAUGAGCGUCGCGGGAUACUGGACCUUUGAGGAGAAGACGCUCGGCAAUAUCUUGAACAACUUCCCAGAGAAUGAUACAAUGGUCAAUAUCGCCCGCUUGGCUUUUGGGAUCAAUAUGUUCACGACUUUUCCGUUGGAGGCAUUCGUGUGUAGAGAAGUGUUAGAGACGUACUUUUUCGCGUCUCAAUACACCCCACGGCUACACAUCAUCCUCACCACCUCCCUGGUAUUUUCCUCUCUAAUCGUCUCCCUCCUCACCUGCGACCUAGGCAUCGUCCUAGAACUCACCGGCGGUCUCUCCGCCACAGCCUUAGCCUUCAUCUUCCCCGCCGUCUGCUUCUUGAAGCUAGCAAAGGAAGGAGAAGGAAAAGCCUUGAAGCUCGGUGUUGGGAGGAGGAGAGGAGGAGGAGGAGGAGGAGGAGGCGGCGGCGCAAGAGGAGCAAAUGGGGCAGCAAGGACGGGACGCUAUCAGCCCCUCUCCACAAGCGCUGAAGGUGUCGAAGGCGAGGGGGACUCGCUCGCCGAUCUAGAAGACGCUGAAGGUCCACGGCGGCAACCGCAUUCCCACGCCCACGGCCGCUCGGGGAGCAACGCCUCCAUUGAAGGAGACUACCCGGACGGUCAAGGCGACGACUACGAAUACGAAGGCGAAGAAUCCAUUGCCAUUGCCGAUCUGGAGCUGCCAUUGCGGCCAGGCGCGCCCAUUCGCACUCGCAGCGCCUCCCUCUCCGGCGGGGGCGAAGCCUCCCAGAACGGCCUUCCCACCACCUCCUCCUCCUCCUCCUCUGCUGUGUACUGCUGGUGGACCUCUACCAAACCACUGGCGGUACUCUGUGCGGCCUUUGGGACACUCGUGCUGGCGAUUAGUGUAGUGCAGGCACUUUGGAAGCUUUUUACCGGUGAAGGGAGGGGAGAUGGAGCGGGCGGGACGUGCUGA